AUGCAAUGCAUCCCUAGUGAGCCAUCCCCCCUGUCAACAGAGACGCCAAAGCGAUUUGCAGAUCUUGUUCUGCGUGAUGACACGCUCAUCUUGGGUGGGUCUGCCAAGGCCAGAUUAACCCAACCGUUCGGUUUACUUUGGCUAAAAAAAAAUCAUGGGGACCACCGGAACAAAAAGUUUUUUUUCCUAGGAGGUGGGAGUUGCCGCUGCGUCAAACGUCAGGCAUCUGAAGCCAAAGAAAAAAAUGAAGUUCAGCCAGCUUCUGGGUGGCUACCUGUGAAGCGGAAUUUGGAGGCAGAACUGAAGAAGGUGGAAGGCGUAGAGAACCAGAAGAAGGAAGGCCAGCAGAAGGGAUCCGAGGCAGAGAAGGUCACAGGUGAGAAGAACGAGGGGCUAGAGACGCAGAAGGGAUCCGAGGCAGAGAAGGUCACAGGUAAGAAGAAGGAGGUAGAGACGCAGAAGGGGUCUGAGACGGAGAAGGUCACUGAUGAAAAAGAAAAGGACAAGGAAGAGGAGAGAUAUGAGAAAACAACUCCCGAGGCAAAGGGUGUCAAAGGCAAGAAGGAGAAAGAGGAACAGGAGAAGGUGUCCCAGGUGAAGGCCAGAGACGUGAAGAGAAAGGAGGCAGAGGCCGGAGAGGUCGAAGAUGCGAAGGACAAGAAAGAAAACAUGCACAAGGUAUCCGAAGUAAAGGAGGUUCAAUGUAAUAAGGAGGAGAAGGAAGAGAAACAGGAGAGAUCGGACGCAGAGAAGGUCAAAGAUGAGGAGGAACAGGCUGUAGAAAAGGAGCCAAUGAAGGAGGCAGACGACAAGAAUCAGAAGACUCCUGAGGUCGAAGGCACGAGGGAAAAGGAGGAAGGCGAGAAGAAGGUACCCGAGGUGAAGGCCGGAGAGGUGAAGGAAGAGGAUCAUAUGUUAGAGGUGGAGAAGAAAGAUGAUCUGAAGGUUCCGGACUUAUUGAAUGGGACGCCUCAGCUAGUGCGGCGCCGAGAGCAGUUUGGCACUUUGGAGGACAGGGAGCCUGAAGAGACCGACAAGCAGCCAAAGCGACGAUCAAGAAAAGACAAGAAAGAAAAGAAGGUGAAGGAUACCAAGGAGGAGGAAGAUUUGGGAGACGAAGGCGCCAAGAAUACAGACCAAGAGAAGGAGACACAGAAGCCAAAGAGACGGGCCAGGAAAGCACAGAAGGUGGAAGCUGAAGAGGCCAGUAAGGCAGGUUAUGAAAGCAAAGAGGACCAGAAGCCAAAGAGAGGAGUGAAGACAGAGCAGACAAAGGAUGAGAACAAGGAGCCUGAGAAACCGAGAAAGCGCAAAGGCAAAGCUGCCACAAAGGCCGGCACUGAAGACAAAGAGAACCAGAAGCCAGAGACAGGAGCAGAGCCAGGGAAGAAACCGCAUGAUGAAGUGAAGGAGGAGCGUGAGAAAAAGAAGCCAAGAGGCAAAGCUGCCACAAAGUCUGAUAGAGAGACAGAGAACCAGGGAUCCAAGAGAGCCAUGAAAGCGAAGGUUGAAGAGAAGGGCGAACCUCAGAAGAAGAAGGCCAGAGGCAAAGCUGCCAAGACAAAGGACACAAAGGGAGAAGAGGCGCAGAACGAAGGAAAGGAUGAUGCCAAGCCGGUCUCUUUCGGAAGACGUCCCUGCCCGGUCACACAGCCAUCCAAGGACCGCUGGGAAGCCAUCCGAGAUGCUUUCAAUGAAAUUGUCAAGCCACAGGUCACCCAGCACUCGAAGUUGCAGGUCAAGUUCUGGGAGGCAUGCGUGGACUCCGAAGAGUUGAACCAGUGCGGCGACUACCCUGCUUUCUUUCAAGUGGCAAAGAGCUUGGCGUCUACCUUCAACGUUGAGUGA